AUGAAAAGAUCCAUUUUGUUGAUCAUAUGUCUUUGGCUUUUUCCAAUCAUUUCAGCAAUCAGUUAUGUUCCCAUAACUGAAGCACCAGCACCAACUUCUUUUGUCAAGCGUGAAUCUGCUGAAGAGAAGUCUGAAAAGUCAGCAUCUAAAGCUGCUGCCGCAGCUUCCAAAUCCGCGGCCAAAGCUGCUGAAAGUGCAUCAAAAUCGGCUGCCAAAGCUGCUGCAAAUGCUUCCAAGUCUUCUAAAAAUGCUUCUAAGUCUGCUGCUGCCGCCGCAUCUAAAGCGUUCCAAGCAGCUUCCAAUGCUGCCAAAUCGGCAUCAAUAUCCGCUUCCAAGGUGUCAAAAUCUAGGGCUGAUGCUGCUUCAAAGUCCGCCAAAGCAGAGUCCAAAUCAGAGGCUAAUGCUUCAAAAGCUGAAUCCAAAUCGCUAGCCGCAGCAUCGAAAUCUGCAUCUAAAGCAGUAGCAGCGUCGUCCAAAGCUGAAGCCAAGUCAGAAGCCAAAGCAUCAAAAGCGGCCGCAAAAUCAAAGGCCAAAGCCAGCAAAUCAUUAGCUAAAAACAUUGCUUAUCAAUCCAAGGUGUUGAAAUCGAUGGAAAAGAAAGUCACCAGAAGUGUCAUCCCGGUGGUGGAUCAAUCAGAAAUCGUUCCUGAUUCAGAUUAUGUUGAUGUCUAUGAAUGUGGUACUGAUUAUUCACAUAUCACCACCGGUGCCGAUAUUAGUACCGCAAAAUAUGGAUGCCGUUAUUCUGCUUGGGUAGGCUUUUAUUUGAACCAGGGAGCAAUUGCCGUGAGAAACUUGACCUACCUCAUCAAUGAAAACUCCACUUACCAAAAGAAUUAUCAGGCCUAUAUCAAAUCGAUUCAGCUGAGUAUCAUGUCGGAGUUUGGUUCUUGGUUGAACAAUGACCAAAUGAAUAAUAUGCAAUACUAUCGUUGUAACGCAGCAGCAAACGAUAUAUGGAACAAUGACCAGUGUAUUCAUAAAGUGAAUACUGCUAAAGAGGAAGUCAAUUGUAAAGGUGGAAGUUUCAAGAAUUUGUACAUUGAAGAUUCCAAAAAAGAUGCCGCCGCUAAAAGUUUGGCCCUGUAUUAUAACUUAUCAAUUAAGGCUGAGGAUUUGAUAUUACUGGAAGGGGCUGCUACGUUCAAUAUCUCCAAGAAAAAGUGCAAGUUCAAGACCCACAAUAUGACCUUGCCUAGUGCUGUACAAUUAGUCCCUGAUCCCCUUGCCAAUUUCACUUGGGACAACUUGACGAGUUUCGCUGACUUGUUGGCCACCGCCAACGCUUCAUUUGGUAAAGUCAGUCCUAUUGACUUGAUUGAUUUCUUGAUUCCCGUGCCGACUUACGUGCAGAUGGCCAUCAGCGCCAUGCAAAUCGAUGAAGAAGGGGCCAAGGAUAUCAAAAUCGAAAAAGAGGAACGGAAAUUGAAGAUUCUUAGAAUAGUUUUCGCAGUCAUCGGGGUAGCAGCAAUUUUCUUGGACGGUUUUGCUGCGAUUGCCAUUGAUGGGAUAUUAGCAGGGGUCCAAGCGUUGGUGACUUGGUCAAUCACUGGGACACUCCUGCCGGAAGAUAUUAUCUUUACCAUUGGUUCGGCGGUAUUCAGUAUCUUUGGGGCAGUGAAGUUGGGGAAAAGUGUCGAUGAGGUGGUUAAUACCGUGAGAUUCUCCACAACUAGUGAUUUGGCAGCACAAAUGGUGAAAAUCCCAACUUACAAGGAAUGUUUGGAGUCGGCUUUUGGGGUCGCCAUAUCAGUGCCAACAAGCAACUGA